CCGCGCCACAACAGACAACACGCUAAUAGUAGUAUCGUAGUGUGGUGGCGGAAGGCUAAGCAUCGUUUCAAUAUUUUAACAUAUUUUUAUCUAUUUAUAUAAUUUAAAGAUGGAUACGUCUUACGUACAAGGUAGUCCAGAUUCAGGAAACUUUUCCAUUCACAUUCAUGAUGGAAAGUCGUGUGAUAAAAAGGCAGUAAAUCGAGCAUUGGAGGAUGCUUAUGAAAUGCAGGAGGAAGGAGAUGUAUACGACUUUGGGAAAAUGAAUGGAAAUGUUAACUUGAAGGAUGGAUACGAGGGACCAACUAAAAUUACUCCCAAUGGAGACGAACUCAAGAAAAUGGAAGAAGGGGAUAUCAAACCUGUAUAUUCUGAUAAAUCAUGUGCCCUUUGGUCUACUCUUGAUCUGUUAAGUGAGUUUGGGAAGGAGACAUAUGUAAAUUAUCAUAUCGAGAUCAAGAAAUUUGUUUACGGGUCGCUUGUUAUCGGUUGGAUCGUUUAUCUGGUGUUUUCGUGUCUGUACGACUUCAGUGGUGCUAAGACAUUGCUUUAUCUGACCGGAGUAGUUGCAUUUUUAUGCGUCUAUUGCUUCAUAAGGGAUCACUACGGUGACGCUAUCUGGGAAACAUUGAAACCAUCCACUAAUUUAAUCACACAUAACUGGAAUAUUAUAAAAUGGCCAGUGAUUAUAUGCAUCAUUAUCUUAAUUGUCUUCACCAUCGCCAUGACUACAAAGGACAACCCUCAACAUCUUGUUUCUGGCUUAGGGCCAAUCACAAUCACUCUCUUCUGCUUCGUGUUUUCAAAACACCCAAAACAUGUAAAUUGGCGUCCAGUAGUUUGUGGCCUUAUUCUGCAGUUUCUUCUUGGUCUGUUUGUCUUACGAUCUUCUAUUGGCUAUUACGUCUUUAGCUCAAUUGGUGCUGUGGUCGCAAAUUUCCUAAGUUAUUCCGACUAUGGGGCUAGUUUUCUCUUUGGGGAAUUGUACACGAACCAUUUCUUUGCUUUCAAGUUGUUACCAGUUGUGAUCUACUUCAGUAGUUGUAUAGCUGUACUGUACUAUCUUGGUGCGAUGCAAGUCGUUGUCAGUAAAAUUGCCUGGGUGAUGUCCAGCACAAUGAAAACAUCGGCUUGUGAGUCGUUAAACGCUGCUGGUAAUAUCUUUAUUGGACAGACGGAAGCACCUCUUCUAAUUCAACCAUUCCUGAACAGAAUGACACGUUCUGAGCUACAUGCUGUUAUGACUGGAGGUUUUGCAACCAUCGCAGGCAGUGUUUUAGGGGCGUAUAUUGGAUUUGGUGUCAGCCCAACGCAUCUUAUCAGCGCCUCAGUAAUGGCAGCACCUGCAGCUCUGGCUCUGUCAAAGCUGUUUUACCCAGAAACUGAAGAAUCACAGAGUUUAACAGUCGAACAAGUCACUCUCCCAAAAGGAAAAGAGAGGAAUGUGAUUGAAGCAGCUUCAUCGGGGGCAUCCAAUGCUGUUGGUUUGGUUGCCAAUAUUGCUGUCAAUUUGAUUGCUUUCUUAGCCCUUCUUGCAUUUUUGAAUGCUCUACUUGGCUACCUAGGUAGCAGAGUUGGAAUAGAGGGUCUUAGUUUUGAGAUGAUCUGUUCUUAUUUGUUUAUGCCAAUUGCAUUUGUAAUGGGAGUCGAGUGGAAAGAUUGCGGCAUAGUUGCAGAGUUGAUUGGCACAAAGACAUUUGUUAAUGAGUUUGUUGCUUAUGAUCGUCUUGCAGGAUACAUAAAUGAUGGAUCCAUAUCGGUUCGCUCGCAAGUCAUCACUACAUAUGCCUUAUGUGGGUUUGCCAACAUCGGUUCUGUGGGCAUCCAACUAGGUGGGCUAUCAUCCCUAGCCCCAAGCAAGAAGAGUGAUCUAGCAGCAGUUGCCAUCCGCGCCCUCAUCACCGGCACACUAGCCUCCUUCAUGACAGCAUCAAUAGCUGGUUUAUUAUACGUACCAGUCGAGGUGGUUGGAAACUUCACAACAGCUUUUCCAGCAGCUGCAGCUACAAUGGUUGGAAACUUCACAACAGCAUUGCCAGAAUAUGCAACAACAAUACUGUGAUCCGUUAAUAAAUAGGUAGCCUAACCAACGAUUCCAAUGCAUGUUCAAUAGUGUCCUGUAGAGUAAUUUUAAGUUCUUUGUAAAUUUGUUGAGUGGGAGUGUGUCAAGAGUGUCACUUGGCUUCAUCCUAUGGGACAGGUAUUCUCCUGUAUGAUGAAGCCAUCCAUUAAUUAGAAUAGCUUUGUACAGAUUUUAUUUUAAAAAUUGUUUACACAUUCAUUAAUUGGGGACACAAACAAAUAAUCAAAUAAAUAUGUUUAAAAUAGUAAACCCAGUUCGAAAUUAUUUAUAAACGAUAAAAUUUCCUCCAGUGUCAACCAUAACUUCUCCAAACAAUUUUAAUAAUAAUAAUAUAGGUGCAAGUCAAGGAUUUGUAGUUAACACUGAAGAGAAAUUAUUUUAGUUUUAAUGAUCUUAAAUCCAACAAAAUUGUACCCAAAUAAAUUACCAUUAAGAAAAAUAAUGGUAAACAUUCAAGAAUAAGGCAAUAAAUCAAUCAACAGUUCUAUGUAUAAAUGCGACGGUAAUGAAUUUUAAAAUUAAAAAUCUUCUAAUUAGUACGUUUGGCUUUAAUAAUAUAGUUACUAUCAAAAUAGAUAAUAAUCUUUGCAUAAUGUUUGAAAUACAAAUUAGCUAAACUUGGGUAUGGGUUAGCCAAAUAUGGGUAUGAUCCAAAAUUGUGGGUACGAGUCUGCCAAAAUUUGGGUACGAGUUGGUAUGGGUACAAGUUAGCCUGUAUUCAUUUAGUCACUGUAACACUACAUUUUCCAAAAGCCAAACCCUAAUAUAAUUAUACUGAAAGAGGUCUUCUGUGAUGUAGGCUACACUAUUCAAUGUCAUGGAAUAUUGAAUAUUUAUUUGUGAUUGAUACUAAGUAUCAGUUUUAACCACAUUAUUCCAGUCAACAUUGUCCAUUAAUAAUAACAGGGUAAAUAUAUCAUAUAUAUUUCAUUAUUAAACAAUGAGUGCUAAAAUGUGACUUUGUAACAUGUUCAUAUGUGAAUUCUAUCCUCUAUACUUCCAAAAAUGUUUUUACAAAUGACACACAUAUAUUUUUUUUAGUGUUAAGACAUUUGCUACUGUAUCUGUUCUAUGCCAAAAUGGUGUAAAUUCUUAAUAAACUGUUAUAUUGUACUUAUGUUAAUACUAUCAAGAGUAAUUUCAUGUAAGUUCAUAUUAUUUUCUUGUUUCACAUUUUUUUGGUCUAUUUUAUUUAAAGUUUUAACUUAUUUCCAUCAAAAAGAGGAAAUUUUUAUCAAUGGUGGUUAAAAAAUAGGCUGUGGUUAUUGUUUCGGCAAUUUUACGCAAAUCUCAGGUGUUGAUUGGUGUUGCCGGCUUAACACAAUCCUCAAACUUUAGUCUUGCUAUCUUAAUGCAAUGUGAUGUGUCGGAAGAAUAACCAUUUCCUACAAAAUAUGCUUCCAAAGUGGAAAGUAAACAUUUGUAAUUACAGAUUUUAUUUCCAUUUGUAUAUUUAUGGAAAAAAUACAUUCAAAAGGUUCUAAUUGUUAUUUAUUAUGAACAAAAUAUAGGCAAAGUAUUUUUUUAUUCAACAGCCUUAUUCAAGUACCAAUACUGCCCUCUGUGCUUCCAGAAACAUCCUUGUGAAUAGUAAAAAAUGAUUUGUUGUGUUAAUAGACUGUUUAUGUAUUUAUAGACAAGCUUACUAGCAUAAUUCCAUUAGGAUGAUAUUUUGAAUAUUUCUGAAGAUAGUGCAUAGAAAAAUAUUAAAAUGAAUUCCUAGAUUUUAAUUCAAAUUUAAUGUUUUAAAUUAGCUGCAUUCUAAUUGUUUUGAAUAUUAAUGAUGAAUAAGUUCAUUUACAUUAUCAACUUAUUUUGGAAUUGGAUUUUAUUGGACUCUUUACAGGAUGAUUGCUUGUUUAAUUAGUCAGAAAGUAUAAAGAAACAAUUUAUUUGGUGGUUAACAUAAUCUGCUGCCAAAGAUAGUAAACCAAAAAUGUAUACAGUUUAACUACAGUUAUACCAGACUGUACAGUUAUACUUGCCUAAGUCGAAUAAUUUCUAAGUCGAUUAAUUUCUAAGUCGAUUAAUUUCUAAGUCGAUCUUAUUUUACAUGCCAAAUUGUUGUGUUUUCCAUUAAUUAACAAUCUUUAAGUUCGAAUUUUAUCUCAGUUGAACAAUAUUUCAAUUGCAUUUUGAAUUCGACUUAGGCAAGUUCAACUCUAAUGAAAUUACAGAUUUUAAUUCCAAUUUACUAUUUAAUAAUAAUUUUAUUUGAAAUAUUUUAAUAUCUUCAUUGCUUGAGUAUAGUAUUUACUGAUUGAUGGGUUGAUUCUUCUCAAUAUGUAUUUUAUUAAAUAUUGCUUUGGUUGAAAUUGUCCAAAUAAGGCAAUCAAAAUAAGUUAACUAUACUGACUGAAGGUAUAUUCAUGUAGCUAUCCAGUAUAUUUUUAAGAUUAAGAAAUACUCCAUAUUCUUCCCCAAGUGUAGUAGUCAAAAGUGUAAAAUGUAUGGAUUUAAAUAUAUUUUUUAAAAUUCAAUUUCAAUUCAAUUUAAUUCAUUGACUUAAUUUGUUUGAAUGUGCUUCCAGAGAUAAACAUGAAUUUAUCAUUAUACUUUUAGGAUUGAAAUGCUACAACAUUAAGUUAUAAAUGCUCUAAUUAACUUGCAGGCAAGAUAGUCCUGAUUUAAAUAUGAUUCUGAUUACUGUAAUACCAAUUCGGGCACAAAAAAGCAGAAAACCUGUAAAUAAUCACAGAGGCUCAUCACUUGUAGAUUUGUGAGCCAUGUCCUUUGUCUCUUGUUUUUUUUUUUUAAUGAAAUUCUGCUUGACUUCGGUAUAUACUAGACUAGUACUAGUGUAUAAUUAAUUUAAGUGUGGUGAGUAUUUUAUGUUUACACAGAUGCUAGCUUAAUUGUUUUUAAGCACUUGUAAUUAUUGACCAGGAGUGAGUCAGUAUGUUGUACAGUAAUAUGAUGAAUAAAAUGCUGUUUAUAAUAAUUAA